UCUUAAUUUUGCGUGUUUUUGGUUCAACAGACACUCAGAAAACCCCAGUUGCAGAUGGCGCUCCUUCUAAAACCCCGUAAUCUUCAUCGUCUUCUUCGUAUAAUCAUGGCCUGUCGUUGCUCACCUCUUUCUCUUCCUUCUUCUUCUUCUUCUUCUUCUUUUCACAGUCACAUUUCCUCUUCUUUUUCUUCUCUCUCACGCCCCCUUCCUGCUUUAAAGCCCAGGGUGAGCUUUCCAUUGAGUAGGGUUCCAAGUCGAUUUUCAGUUCAAAAUGCAGUUUCACCUAGGGCUUUCAUGUCAUCCAGUACUGCAACAGAGUCCUUUCAAGAAAGUGCUAGUUCGAAGGCUUAUGGUUCUGAUCAAAUUCAGGUGCUGAAAGGCUUAGAACCUGUUAGGAAAAGGCCAGGGAUGUACAUUGGCAGUACUGGACCUCGUGGGUUGCACCAUUUGGUUUAUGAAAUAUUGGAUAAUGCUGUUGACGAGGCCCAAGCGGGAUAUGCUUCAAAGAUUGAUGUUGUUUUACAUUCUGAUAAUUCUGUUAGCAUCACUGACAAUGGGCGUGGGAUUCCCACUGACUUGCAUCCAGUGACAAAGAAAUCUGCCUUGGAGACUGUGCUAACGGUCUUACAUGCUGGUGGAAAAUUUGGUGGUUCUAACAGUGGCUAUAGUGUCUCUGGUGGAUUACAUGGUGUGGGCUUGUCUGUUGUUAAUGCCUUGUCUGAGGGAUUAGAAGUUACUGUUUGGCGUGAUGGAAUGGAAUACAAACAGAGAUAUUCACGUGGUAAUCCUGUGACAAUCCUAACAUGUUAUUCACUGCCCAUUGAAUCAAGGGAUCGCCAAGGGACAUGUGUCAGAUUUUGGCCUGACAAUGAAGUAUUCACUACCGCAAUUCAGUUUGACUACAACACUAUAGGCGGAAGAGUUAGGGAGCUUGCUUUUUUAAACCCAAAGCUUGCUCUCACGCUGAAAAAAGAAGGUAAUGAUCUAGAGGAGAACCAAUAUGAUGAAUAUUUCUAUGCUGGAGGGUUGGUAGAGUACGUGAAGUGGCUAAAUACUGAUAAGAAAGCACUUCAUGAUGUUGUGGGUUUCAGUAAAGAAAUAGAUGGGAUCACAAUUGAUAUGGCUCUUCAAUGGUGUUCUGAUGCAUACUCUGAUACAAUACUGGGGUAUGCCAAUAGCAUACGCACUAUUGAUGGUGGCACACAUAUAGAUGGUUUCAAGGCUUCAUUAACCAGAACUCUUAAUAAUCUUGGGAAGAAGUCAAAGAUAAUAAAGGAUAAGGAUAUUAAUUUAAGUGGUGAACAUGUGAGAGAGGGCUUAACAUGCAUUAUAUCAGUUAAAGUUCCAAGUCCAGAGUUUGAAGGACAAACAAAGACAAGGUUAGGAAAUCCAGAGGUAAGGAAAGUGGUGGACCAAUCUGUGCAAGAGUAUCUUACUGAAUAUUUGGAAUUGCAUCCAGAUGUUCUUGAUUCAAUCCUUUCAAAAUCUCUAAAUGCUCUUAAGGCAGCUUUGGCAGCAAAGAAGGCAAGGGAAUUGGUGAGACAAAAGAGUGUGCUGAGAACAUCAUCUCUUCCAGGAAAACUGGCUGAUUGCUCAUCUACAAAUCCUGAAGAAUCUGAAAUUUUUAUAGUUGAAGGAGAUUCAGCUGGUGGAAGUGCCAAACAAGGCCGUGAUAGGCGCUUUCAGGCUAUUCUUCCCUUGAGGGGUAAAAUUUUAAAUAUAGAAAGAAAAGAUGAGGCGGCGAUGUACAAAAAUGAGGAGAUUCAAAAUCUUAUACUUGGCCUUGGACUUGGAGUAAAGGGAGAGGAUUUUAAGAAGGAUGCUCUACGUUAUCAUAAGAUCAUUAUCCUAACAGAUGCUGACGUGGAUGGCGCUCACAUCCGAACACUUCUACUAACUUUUUUCUUCAGAUAUCAGAGAGCAUUAUUCGAAGAGGGUUGCAUUUAUGUUGGUGUUCCCCCUCUUUAUAAGGUUGAGAGGGGAAAACAAGUAUACUAUUGUUAUGAUGAUGCAGAACUUAAAAAUCUUCAGGACUCGUUUCCGCAAAAUGCAUCUUAUAAUAUUCAAAGGUUCAAAGGCUUGGGAGAAAUGAUGCCUUUACAACUGUGGGAAACAACCUUGGAUCCGGAGAGAAGGCUGCUCAGGCAAUUAGUAGUUGAGGAUGCAGCUGAAGCCAAUGUUGUUUUUUCAUCCCUUAUGGGUGCUCGGGUGGAUGUCCGCAAGGAACUUAUCCAGAAUUCUUCCCGCAUGAUCAACAUUGAUCAACUGGACAUUUGAUAGCACCAUUUAGUUUUCAAGCCAAAGUUCUGUUGCAUAGUGUAACACCAAUAUCAGAUUAGUACUUAUAAUAACGUUUCACAUUGCUGCACUGGUAAAGCAGAGGCAAUUGAAUUUUGCGCAUACAAUGUCUCAUGAUUAAUCUCUUUGCAGCUAUCUGUGUAUGUUUAUUGCUUAGAGUGUAGAAGGGGGGAAAAGUUUGUUGGUUGUUGGGACACUUUAAAUUGUUCGUACAAAUGCUGCACUCGCAUUUCUUACGUUGAUAAAGAAUUUCGUUGCAUUUCUUA